UAAGGACAGAAAGCUGAAUUAGCAUUUUGGUACUGAACAAGGAAGGAGGAAACAUUUGCCCCUUUGCCAUCAGAACUUUUAUUAUGACAUUCCACAUUUCCCUUAUCAUCCUGCUCUUUGGCGUGGGCCACUCCUCAUUUUCAAAUCCCAUGUUGUUAGUGGAGCAGCAGCUGUUCCAGUACAUAGAUGACCAUCAAGAUGAAUUUGUUCAGAAACUUGCAGAAUGGGUGGCUGUGGAGAGCGAUUCCUUACAGCCACGACUAAGAGCAAAAGUUACAGAAAUGAUUAAGACAGCUGCAGUCAGUCUCCGCUGCUUAGGCGCUGAUGUGACACUCAACGAUACGGGCAUUCAACAGCUUCCAGAUGGCCAGAACAUUUCAUUACCUCCUGUCAUUCUAGCAAAGCUUGGGGAAGACCCACUAAAACCCACUGUGUGUUUUUAUGGACAUGUGGAUGUGAUGCCUGCCAAAAUUCAGGAUGGAUGGAAAACUCCUCCCUUCACUUUGACUGAAAUUGAUGGAAACCUUUAUGGCCGUGGAGCAACAGAUAACAAAGGUCCUGUCCUUGCCUGGAUAAAUGCAGUGAGCACAUUCAAAGCAUUAAACAUAGAUUUACCAGUCAACAUCAAGUUUCUUAUUGAAGGCAUGGAAGAAGCACAGUCCAUUGGACUAGAAGGCUUACUUGAAAAAGAAAACCAACGAUUUUUCUCCAGUGUUGACUAUAUUGUGAUUUCAGAUAAUACCUGGCUCACCACGAAAAAGCCAGCUCUCACGUAUGGAACUCGGGGAAAUGCCUGCUUCUCUAUUGAGGUAGAAGGUGGUGAAAAAGAUCUUCAUUCCGGAGGUGUAGGUGGCAUCAUCCAUGAACCCAUGUCUGAUCUGAUAGCCCUGCUUGACAGUCUUGUGAAUUCAUCCGGCCACAUUCUGAUUCCUGGAAUCUAUGAUGAUGUUGCUCCACUUACGGAAGAGGAGAAGCAGCUGUAUGAGCCAAUAGAAUUUGACUUGAAGGAAUACAAAACUAAUAUUGGUGUAAAGAAAUUUCUCUAUGAUACCAAGGAGGAAAUCCUCUUACACUUGUGGCGCUUCCCAUCUCUCUCUAUUCAUGGGAUAGAAGGAGCUUUUUAUGAACCCGGGAUCAAAACAGUUAUCCCAUCAAGAGUCACAGGGAAAUUUUCCAUCCGGCAAGUCCCUCAUAUGGCCCUUUCUACAGUGGAAUGUCAGGUAAAAAAGUAUUUAGAAGAUGUAUUCUCUGAACGAAAAAGCCCAAACAAGCUGACAGUGACUAUGCAAAUGGGUGCGUCACCGUGGGUUGCUAAUAUUAGAGACCCUCAGUUUGAAGCUGCUAAAAAGGCAAUCAAAAAAGUUUUUAAGCAGGAUCCAGAUAUGAUCCGGGAUGGAGCAACAAUUCCAAUUGCUAGGAUGUUUCAGAAAAUUACAAAGAAGAGCGUGAUGAUGUUUCCAAUUGGAGCAGUGGAUGAUGGAGAGCACUCCCAGAAAGAGAAAAUAAGCAGAUCCAACUACAUUAAUGGAACAAAGGUAUUUGCCUCCUUUUUACUCGAGAUCUCAAAGCUCCAUGGGGAAUUAAAAUUGGAAGCCUCCAAGUUGAAGAUUGAGACAUGAUCGCCCAUGAAGCAAAUUAUACCUAUCGGUUUUCUAUUUCUCCUUUGUACUUCUCUUCCAAAGAAAUAUGUAUUAAAUCCCUGAAGUUCAUAUCCUGAACUGACUGACAGUUAUGCUACACUCCAACAUAUUCUAGUUUUGAAUGCAUUUGGUUUCUUAAACUUGUGUACUUCAGUCAUUCCCAUAUAUACUAUUCCACUUGUGGAACACGGACGUACAUUCAUUCAGAUGGGUUGUUUGCUGAUAAAAUGAACAUGUGCCAUGUUGUUUCCAUUGUUACUCAAUUCCUAUGUCUGUUGUGGUCCUCAGCAUAAUAUGCUUUAUCUUCCUUUUCAGUUCUUGUGAGUUUAGCACCAUGACAAGGAAAAAUUAUAUACUCAGACUACUAUUUUCCCUUCACAUUUCUCUAUAAUUUUACUGGUACAAUACCCCAGGAGAUUCUAGCUCUAAUGUUACUUUCUAUCCAUUGCAAACUUCUU